AUGCGUUCAAAAAUUGUAAGGAGAAAAUAUCUACGCGCAGUUUUCAAGAGUGGAGAGUUCAAUAUUUAUACGAAAACCACGAAAAACGUGAAAAUCUUUUCAAACUACUUCUUUCUGCUAGUAGAAACAAGAUGGCGAUGGACAUUAUUGAACUUUUUUGCAGCGUUUACGUGCAACUGGUUAUUUUUUGGCUUUGUGUAUUGGUUCAUUUCUUACAACCACGACGACUUCAGUGAAAACCAUCUACCUCCUUACCAAAACAAUUUCAAUUUCACACCUUGCAUCAACAAUAUCUAUGGGUUUACAUCAACAUUUCUGUUUAGCGUGGAAGUUCAUACAACCGUUGCGUAUGGUCGUAGAUCAAUCACGUUGGAAUGCCCACAGACGAUCAUCGCAAUGUGCAUUCAAUGCAUUUUGAGUUCUAUUUUCCAAGCCAUAAUGAUUGGAAUUUUAUUCGCUAAAUUAACCCGACCGAGAGGAAGAACAAAAACCAUUCUCUUCAGCAAAUACGCGGUCAUAAAUAUGAGAAAUGAUAAAUUCUGUCUUAUAUUCCGCGUUGGAGAUAUGAGAAAAUCUAGAAUUUUAAACAUCGAAACAAAAGCAUAUCUCAUAAGAUUAAAUGCUGGUGAUAGUAAAGUGGAAAAUUUAGAGCAAACAGAAUUAACAGUGGUAGUUGAUGAAUGUGAAUCGACUUUCUUUUUGUGGCCUUCAACAGCAGUUCAUGUGAUAGACGAAAAUAGCCCUCUAUAUAGAUUGUCAGCGGCUGAUUUGCUGUGCUGCAAGUUAGAAAUACUUGUAGUAUUCGAAGGCAUAAUAGAAUCAACCGGUCAACCUGUGCAGGCUCGAUCGAGCUUCACUGAACAUGAUAUACUCUGGGGUCAUAGAUUUGUGUCCAUGGUGAGUUUCAACUUUGAUAAGAAAAUGUAUGAUGUUGAUUUUUCUAAGCUAUCUGAAGUUCAUCCAGUCGAUACUCCUCUGUGCUCUCCGUGUGAAUAUGCUGAACUGGUAGCUUUAUUUGAAGAUGAAAAUGAAUUGCCUGAUUGCGAAUGAGAAAAUAUCCUGGUUAAUUAAUGAUUCACACUAUCAAAUUUAUAUUUAAUUAUUAUGAUUACUAUGUGUCAUAACAUGGCAUAAUAAUAAUAAUUGUUAUUGUAAAAGGUUUUCUGUUGUAUCAGUUCCCGCGGGGUUUGUGGAAAACAGAAGUUCCGCAGAUGAAGUUGCGGGAGUAAAUUAAUUUUCAAAAUAUAUAUUUUUUCUUAUAAUAUUGCUAAUAUUCAGACUUCCUAAUUGUUCAAUCGUAGAAUUUUUUGUUGUAUGGGUCUUAUAUAAUAAAAUUUUAUCUUACCCUAGGACCUUCUAUGACCACACUAACGCCGAUGUAAUAUA